UCGCCGGUCAUGUGACUGACUAGAUCUUUCCGUCUGAGCGCUGCCGGCCUGGCGGUCACAUUGACAGCGCACACUGCUGGCGGCGGCGGCGGCGGCGGAGACGUCCCGGAGUCUGUUACACACGCUGUCGCUCGGCCCGAGGAUGAAGAUCUGGACGUCGGAGCACGUCUUCAACCACCCGUGGGAGACGGUGACCAAGGCGGCCAUGCAGAAGUACCCCAACCCCAUGAACCCCAGCGUGGUCGGCGUGGACGUGCUGGACCGGCACGUGGACCCCCAUGGCCGGCUGCACAGCAACAGGCUGCUCAGCACCGAGUGGGGGCUCCCCUCCAUCGUCAAGUCUCUCAUCGGUGCCACUCGUACGUGCACGUAUAUCCAGGAGCACUCUGUGGUGGACCCAGGGGAGCAGACUUUUGAGCUCAAAUCAACCAAUAUCACACUGACCAAUAUGGUCUCCGUGGACGAGAGGCUCAUUUACAGGCCCCAUCCCCAGGAUCCUGAGAAGACGAUGCUGACGCAGGAGGCCCUGAUUACGGUGAAGGGCGUCAGUCUUAGCAGCUACCUGGAGGGGGUCAUGGCCAACACCAUCUCCUCCAAUGCAAACAAGGGCCGCGAGGCGAUGGAGUGGGUCAUCAGGCGGCUGAACUCCGAGAUCGAGGAGCUGGCGGCGACGGCCCGCAACACCAUCCGGACUCCCAUGGCUGCUGCCGCCGUUACUGAGAAAUGACCCCUGAGCCCGGGCCCUUACCAAGGGGCGCAUCCUCCUCUCGCCAGCACGGCCUCCCUCUGUGUCGCCGCAGACUAAUUUAUUGUGUGUUCACGCCGACGGGGAUCUCCGAUCGCCUCUCUGUCCCUCCUGCGCUCGAGGGCACUCUUGAUCCAGUGUGAUCCAGCCAGGUGUGACACAAAGGGAGGCUGUGGAAACGUAUUUAUUGCUUGGGCGGGCAGCCUAAGACUCUGGAUUUGGUGCCGGUCCUGCGAAAUCUGGCUCGUUCGUUAUUCUUUUUUGUUCCUUUAGGUCAAAACUCUAUAAAGGUUUGUGGGGAAGCUGGGGUCCCAGGGGGGGGGGGGCACAGGUACUUUCCUGACGGCGCCGGUUCAGACUGAGCUGGGCUGUGACCAUCCUGCCACCCCCCAGCAAGAAGGUUUUGUGAACUGGACCUCCUGCAGCUUGUCCGUGGUGCUGUCCGGGUCCAGAAAGAGAGGGAUUUGGACUGCUGGGACCCGGCGGUUCUGGGUCAGAGGCAGUGGCGAAUGCCGUCUCAGCCCUGGGCUAGAGGGGUGGGGAGGAGAGAAGGGAUUGGGAAUGCAAACAAAAACUACAGACCAGGUCUGCUGUCAAGGGUGAAGGAUAUUUAUUUAUUUUAUUUGUAGAGGUAGCGAUUUAGCACUUGUAAAGAUUCUAUUUAUUUGAGCCACGUUCUCGCAGCUGACUGCUCCUCAUCCAG